CAUGAGGCCAGGAGUCACGUGGAAGCAAUCCAGACAUGCUGAACGCCGUUGUAAGACCGGUCUCACCUCACACCCUCAUGUAGAGGGGACCUUUGCUCCAGAGACUGCUUCACACAUAUAUUCUGCUGAAUGUCUUUUGCAAGAUCUGCAACCCUCCCUGAGCUGCUCUGAUGAAGAGCUUAGUGAAGCAUCAGCAGACCAAAGAGCUCCUCUGGCUUCUCUGGAUUGGAGCAUUCGCAAUGCUCUCUUUUCUGAGAGAUGGAGGGAAAAGAGACCAUAUCUUCUUAAUAGCAUGCUGGCCAAGGAGAGCGUGGCAACAAAUGGCUGCAGCCAAUGUGGGAACAACUGCGCAGCUAUUAGAUGCAGAGAUUGCCUUCCACGUCCCUUCUUCUGCGCUGAAUGUGACAUCAGCAGACACAGCAAGGCCUCAGUCCUCCAUAACAGGGAUGCCAUGUGUGCUGGCUUCUUUCAGCCAUUGCCUCCAACCAACUGUGUUGUUGAAAAGGCACUUACAAACUGUGUGCGAUUUUUGCCUAUUGAGAUGUAUGUCUGCAUCUGUAGGUGUCCCCCAGAAGCACUCAGGGUGAUCCAAGGGAAGGCAGUUGCUUUGGUCACAAUAAAUGGACGGUAUGAUCUCAACAUGCCUGAGCUGACCUGCGAGGGAUGCCAGGCAACUUGGACUGCAGGACUUGAUGACCUGAUAAAAACUGGAUACUGGCCUGCCACCCUUCAUUUUGUAACAAUUUAUGAGACGGACCUGUUUUAUACGUUUGAAGACAUGAAGAUGGAAUCACCCGGGAUGUCUUUUCAGGCAUAUCUAAGAAUGCUUGAGAAGCGGACUGCUCGCUUUGGCCGUACUGGGAAGAUCUCAUCAGACAGCUUCCAAAAAAGGUUUUUUGAAUGGGCUGCUGUACAAUAUGAGGUUGACUCCACCUGCAAGGAGGAGAAAUUCAUCUGUCCUGCCUGUACCCCAGCAAUGCUUUCUGUCUCGGUGGAUGGAAACCGCAAGCAUUACCGCUUCAAAAGUACUGCAAGAUGACGAUGUGACCAGAUUUGUGGAUCACAUCCACAGCAAAAAUAAACAUGUCACUGGAAGGAGCAAUUGUGGUGGGGAGGGGUCAGCUGCCAGAGAGACCUCCCAAAGAUCAAGCAGUAAGGUGGAUGAGGAGGGACUGGAGCUGGCAGUGUGCAGGCAUGGUGUCUUGCUGGCUGCCCUUAAUAUGUUUAGGGGUGAAAUAUUUGCAUACCCUAUGUUUUUGCAGCAGCUGCUGGCAAAUAUUGGUCAUACCUGCAAAGAAUAAGCACCAACUGUCCUGAGCUCGAGGUCCUUCCUGUCGGUUGUACAUGCUAAAGCGCAUGACUUCAAAUGUGAGGUGAAAUGGAGUGGCACAAACCAAGAAGGUGCUGGUAAAACACUAGGGGAGGAAGUAGAGCAAUGUAAUGCUUUCCUCUCCAGGAUAUCAGUCACCACAAAGCAUAUGUCAAAAGCAGGACACAAUGACAUGCUGACACUCCUGGCCGUAAGAUGGAACCAGCAGAAAUGUCCAAACCUGGCUCCUGGACUUUCCCAGGGACACCAUAAGAAACAAAGGCCGACAUAGAAUUCGCAGAAAAAUAAGGCAACAGAAGACCACUUUGAAGGCCAUGGUAUCGGAGUACACACAGAAAACACAGAACAUCCCUGGCAUUGGCAAAUUACACAGAGUAGCUCUGCUGAUUUCAGCACAAAGAAAGAAGUCUUCGAUAGGGUCAUGGGUGUUCAAAGGCUUCAAGAGGAGAAGAAGAUCCUUGUGAAAGAAAUGAAGCAGCACUGGGAGUCUCUCAAAGCCCUUGCCAGGGUCUUGUCCGAGUUGUCUCAGCAUCAGAGUGAAGACGCCAUGCAAAGACAUCUCACAGAGAAAGCAACAAAGGGUCACACCUGCCUCAUCCUCAGACGGCAGUGGGAAAUGAGAGAGCUGCAGCAGCAUACAAGAAAACACUACCUGCAUGUGCUGUCAUCAGCAGAUGACAUAAUGGACACAAUGGACAGUUCAGAUGAGUUUGACAUUAGCUGUGAAGAUUCAGAGUCAGAUGCAAUGUAAAACAGGAAGAUGUGGUGCUCGUGAUCACAGUGCACCGUGUGCGACACAUGGUCACACACAUCCUGUGGCUUUAAAAGUGACUAACGUAUGUGCUCAUUGUCAGGAUUAAGUUGGAGAUGACAGUUGUAGUUUUUGUAUUAGGUUGUUGUUAUUUCUGCAUUUGGUUUUGAAAUGUUUCAUCACUUAUAUAAGGUUUGAUUUUUCUACUGGGUUGUGGGAAGUUCCUGGUUAAUGUUGUCUUACAUCUUUACAACACAAACCACUGUCCUUUACUUCUUAUCUUUGAUUCAUGUUCAGUUCUGCAUCUUUUCAGGGAUUUUCUUUCCAGUUGAUCUUUACUGUUUGAUUAAUAAUUGUUCUUUAAUGUUUAAUUAAACAAAGGCACAAUAAAGCUACAUUUCUGAUUGA